AUGUUUCUACCCGAGGCUGAUGAUCAAAUCAUCAACAGCAGAGUCGCCAUUUUUUUAUCGUCCAACCUGACGCAACCAUUGAUUGGGUUUAAUUCUUACACCAGCUCAAGAGAUCUGCUAGAAAAAAUAGAAAAUCUGAACAAUCAUGUUGGGCGUCAUUUUCAAGUAUUUGAGGAAUUAAAAUGGAGAGCGAUGCAAUACUUUAAAGAGAUGGAAGCGGGCGAUGACAACACAUCUCGCGUUGUUGUAUUUCUAUGUUUGUCCCAGUUAGAACACGCCCAAGAAGAUUCGUGUUUUGCGUUAGAGUUUCAUUUGAACCCGACUAACAUAAACGAGUCUUGGAUUCAAGUGUCUACGGAUACAGAUCAUGCCAAUGCAGUGCUUUGUGAAUAUGAGGUUAACACAUAUGAUGAAAGGGGGUUUGCAAUCGGCCAAGUAAAUGAUAAAAGGACAAAUAAUGAUGUAAUGAAGGAGUCGAAUGAAAAUAUAGGUUAUUUGGGUUAUUUAGAACAGGUAAAUUUUGAAAUGGCGUCGUAUAAAUGUAGUCCCAUCGGACAACAUGUCUUAGCCAGUUUUAUUAGGGAUGGCUACUUAGACUGUCCCGAUUCAUCAGAUGAACAAAUAGGAGGGACUAAACUAGACGCGUGUGCGGGCAUGUUUAUUUGCGACAUUAAAAUUGAUUAUGUAAAGAAAGGCUUUGAAAAGUACAGGAGCGUUGUAACAAAGACUUGCGUUGAAGAAGAAAAAAUAUGCGAUGGUGUCUAUGAUUGCCAUGACAAGAUGGAUGAAAAUACCUGCAACGUUUGUAUGGAGAUGACAUUAUCAAAUGGAAUAUGUCUACCUACCCAGUGGUUUUUUAAAUUCAAUUUUUAUUGUAUGAGCAAACUGCAACGUGUUGAGAUUUGUGUGAAUAACGACAAGAUCAAAAGGGUUGAAGAAAUGCUGGCGUUGUAUCAAGAGACUGAAUAUGUACAUCGCGAAGAUGCGAACAUACAUGUAGUGAGGUGUGUAGCUGGGAGAUAUUCAAAUAACUCUCGGUCAAGCUUUCAACAUAACAAUGUCACAUGGGCCGCUAAAUGUAUACACCUUGUCCAGAGGUACCGACGGGACAAGGGAAUAGGCUGUUCUGAUAUGUCUCACUUAGCUAACUGCGAAAAUUUUGUUUGUUCCAAAGCCUUGUUUAAAUGUCCCGACUCGUAUUGCAUACCGUAUUAUAUGGUGUCUGAUGGUCACAGUGAUUGUCCAGGUGGGGAGGAAGAAUCUUUUUCUGUUAUUUUCAAAUUAAUGCAGGUUCAUUUGAUGACCUGCCGCGGGUUUACCCGACUUGUCCACCCUGCGCAUGUCUGUGACGGCAUUAACAACUGCCCUGCGCGUGAUGACGAGCUGCACUGCUAUGAGAAAUGUCCGGCAGGAUUUGGUUGUGGUUAUGGCGUCACUCAGGUCAAUAACCAUAACGACGUCGAUCACGGAGAAUUAUUUCUGAGUAUAGACAAGUCUACUCGGGUUUUAGUUCUAUCUGGUAUAGCUUUACGGACUGAAUAUUUUAAAAAUCUUCACGGGGCAAUACAACUAUUCGAAAUUUAUCUCUCAAACUGCAGCCUAUCUAAUGAAAUUGUGUUUGAAUUUAUUAGUUUGUACUGGCAUGCUAUGCGCUAUUUGACAUUUAUCGAUCUCAGUUAUAACGAUAUUGUUAUUGGCACAAACUCUGAUAUUGCAGAAAAUUUGAGGAUCCUAAAUCUCUCUCACACUCAUGUAAAAGAUUUUGUUCUAAAUGUUAGCUAUACACGAAACUGGGUGGUAGAUUUUUCUUUUUCAGAUCUUAAUUCACUCACCAUUGUAGGUGAGGUGGAUAUUGCUUUGGAUUUUUUAAACAUCAGUUACACAAAGUUGAACACUUUAUGGAUUUCUAAAUCUCAUAUUUCUAUAGCCACGCUAGAUAUAAGAAAUACCUCUUUAAAAUUUGAUACUAACACUUCUAAAAUAUUAAAAUCUUUAACCAUCAAGUCAUAUGUAUAUGGUGACAACUACAAGUUGUGCUGCAGUAAGUUUAGUUGUCCAGGUAUUCAAUCUGUCAAAUGUUUUGCACCCGAUGACCCUAUUACGUCAUGUGACAAUCUAUUGGGAAACUUUGUUAAACGUUCCUUGUUAUGGCUGACUGCUUUCAUUGGUAUUGUAGGUAAUGUCGCGGUGAUUAUCAUCAAAUAUGUCAAAAACUAUGACCCAAGCACAUUCAAGCAUUCUACUUUUAAUAUCGUCUUGUCAGAUUUGAUCAUGAGCGUGUAUUUACUGUUCAUAGCAGGAGCUGAUGUUUACUACCGUGACGACUACGUGUUGCAUGACACAGAAUGGCGAGACAGUUCACUGUGUAAGGCCGCAGGUUUUCUCGCUACUCUCUCGUAUGUCGCCUCUGGCGUGUUUGUAGUUCUGAUCACAGCUCAGCUGUAUAAUGUCCACAGGCAUCCCACACAAGAACGACAAACUGUAGGUUUUAGUUUAGUCUCGCUGUACGUGUGUGUCUGGUGUCUGUGUGUCGUCAUCUCCCUUUUACCUAUCCUUAUCCCAGCUGUAAACAUCUACUCUUCUAAUGCUUUGUGUAUCGGGUUUCCUUUACCAAACAAACAACAACAUGUCUGGAUGCUUGCUAUUUUUAUACACAUUAUUGUGUCAGGUGUGGAAAUCAGCCUAACGGUUAUCGGUCUGAUUCUGAUUCUGAAGGUAAUUUUAUUUGAUAGUAGUUGUGUGGAGAGCGAAAUAAACAACACAAAAACUUUGUUCCUUAUCAUUCUGUCUAACAUCAUCGGUGGCUCCAUUAUCUCCGUCACAGGACUCUUGUCAGCUGUAGAAAUAAAUAUCAGCCCAAACAGAAUGGGCUGGCUCUCUGUGUUUGUACUGCCGUUAAACUCUGCCAUAAAUCCUCUCUUGUUCGUCUGGCAAAUCGUACAGCAAAAAUGGGCCGCUUAUAAAGCCAGAACAUAG